AUUUAUAUUUUCCCCCUAUGGGUACCUGUCCGAACUGAAACCAAAAGGUUGUAACUUUCUCCGGGGUUAGGGUUUCAGAUUUCCCCCAGAAUUCUGGGCUAGCAAACUUUCUGGAUUCGGUCUUUUACUAUAGUUAUGGCGAUCGUGAGAGGCGAUGAGUUAGAAGGAGAUGAAAAAGGAAGUGGAGGAAUUGUGGACUCGUAUAUGUGAGAAGAGGAGAAGGUUUAUGAGGCAACAGGAUUCAUGUGAUAGUAAUUUAAUGCAUAGAUGUGCUGAUAGUUAUGAGAUUAUAUUUUGUAUAUGGUGGUAUCAGUUGUGUUCUUUAUAUUAGACGGGUUUGAGCAAAAUUAUUUUGCUUAAAAGGUUAAGAUGCUAUCUAUAUAUUUUUCAAGACUAAGAACUGCAGUACAGAAUGAAAUUCAGCGGUCGAUCUUACACAAAAAGGGUGGGCUCGAAGAUUUAACUGAAGUUCUAGUAGGCCAAGUGAAGAGUCGGUUUUACAGUUAUAGAUUAUUUCAUUAUGUACGAAUUGCGUCUCAUGUAGACGUUCAUGCACUUGUGAGGCCUUGUACAGUUUUUGCUGCACGUUCUGAUUCCCUAUUAGUUAAUCAUGGAAGCAAUAUCUCUGUUUUUGGAGCCCCUUCUCACACAUUUUCUGUAUCAUCUGUGUCAGGCCCAUCACUUCAAGUUUGUAGGUAUCAUACUGAUUGUGCCCUUUGUGAUACUAGUCAAAUAUCAGACAGUGGGAAGUUUCUGAAUAAGCAAAUGGCUGCUUGUACAUCCAGAGCUGAAAUUGUUGAAUGUUUCUGGGAGAAUCUAACUUCACGGGUUGGGCAUUCUCCAUUUUCAACCAACAGUGCCAGCAUCUCUUUUGGCCGUAGAAGUUCCCGGAGUUACAGAAAUGUCAUUAUGAGUUUGAAUAACAGAAAGCAACCCACCAACUCUCCUAUUUAUGGAUAUUUUAUCUAUAAUGUCAUGAAGAAAUGGUUUCCAUACAUAGAGACAGGAUCUAGAUAUUUCCAUAGCUCGUCCCCUUCAUAUUUGUCAGCUGGAACUGCCCCUGAUGUAACCUUUGAGAAUUCUGCCUGUGAGGAGCGACUUGAAAAUUCUUCUGUUUCCUCAGAACAGAGGCAUUCUGCUGGCAAAAUGCUGAAGCUAAUAUCAGGAUCUUGCUACCUGCCCCAUCCUGAUAAAGAAGCAACUGGGGGAGAAGAUGCACAUUUUAUUUGUUCAGAUGAGCAAGCAAUUGGUUUGGCUGAUGGUGUUGGUGGUUGGGCUGAUCUUGGCAUUGAUGCAGGCCAGUAUUCUCGUGAACUCAUGUCAAAUUCAGUAACUGCCAUUCAAGAGGAACCCAAAGGUUUUGUUGACCCAGCUAGGGUCCUGGAGAAAGCUUACUCUAGCACGAAAGCCAAGGGUUCCUCGACAGCAUGUAUCAUAGCACUCACAGCAGAGGGUCUUCAUGCAAUCAAUUUAGGGGACAGUGGUUUUUUAAUAAUUCGAGAUGGAUGCACUGUAUUACGCUCUCCUGUGCAGCAGCAUGAUUUUAAUUUCACUUAUCAACUUGGGAGCAGAAACGAUGGCGAUCUACCUAGCUCUGGUCAGGUUUUCACAAUUCCUGUUGCUCCUGGAGAUGUUAUAGUUGCUGGAACAGAUGGUUUGUUUGACAACUUGUACAACAACGAAAUUACUGCAGUGGUGGUUCACGCCACAAGAACUGGCUUAGGGCCUCAAGUGACAGCUCAGAAAAUAGCUGCAUUGGCACGCCAACGGGCACAAGAUAAAGACAGGCAGACCCCGUUCUCUACAGCUGCCCAAGAUGCUGGAUUUCGCUAUUAUGGUGGCAAGCUUGAUGACAUUACUGUUGUUGUUUCGUAUAUUACCAGCUCUGACGAGAGAUGACGACUCCUCUCACACAUGUAUAAACUUGCUAUUCUUUAAAAUUUACUGUUUUUCCUUUCCUGAAUGCAACUCUAAUUUUCUUUGUCGGCAUUAUAGCUCAAGAUUAACGGCUUAGCGUCGUUGGCAAUUAGCUGUCAGAGAAAUAUGUACAGCAUAUGAUCCUAUUCACUUAAAAUUCAAUGUUGUAAGUUCAUUAUUAUCCAUCACUCCCAUCUACAAAAGACUUGCUUUGUUUGUUUGUA